AUGGCCCAAUUAGAUCUGUUACCAGCGUUAGAAAGUGCAGAUGUUGUGUUUCACUGUGCCUCACCCUCUUCAGCGUGUAUCAACAAAGACCUGUUCUACAGAGUAAAUGUUGAAGGCACUAAGAAUGUUGUGGAGAUGUGCAAGAAAGUUGGUGUGAAGAGGCUUGUGUUAACCAGUUCAGCCAGUGUCUUGUUUGAAGGAAUUGAUCUUGAGGGCGCUACAGAAGAUACACCGUACGCGAGUAAACCUAUUGAUUAUUACACAGAAACAAAAAUACUGCAAGAGAGGAUUGUUCUGGAGGCCAGUGAUCCUGCUAAUGGUUUUCUAACCGUUGCUAUACGUCCCCACAGCCUGUUUGGACCACGUGAUCCACUAUUUAUUCCAACAAUUAUCAAAACUGCCAAGGAAGGCAAGCUCAAAUUUGCAAUAGGAAAUGGAAAGAAUCUGGUGGAUUUCACAUACAUUGAGAAUGCUGUUUAUGGUCAUAUCUUAGCUGCAAAGGCUUUGGAUAACAAUGCCAAAGUUAGCGGAAAGGUGUACCAUAUCACAAAUGACGAGCCUGUCGGUUUCUGGGAUUUUAUCUCGCAAAUUCUGCGUGGUUUAGAUUAUAAACCACCACAAUAUCACAUUCCAUACCUCUUCCUUUACUAUCUGGCAAUGCUGGUCCAGUUGAUAUGCUUCUUAUUAAAACCAGCAGUAGACAUCAAGCCUACGUUCACGCCAAUACGUAUAGCCUACGCCGGUACACAUCAUUACUACAGCUGCGAACGAGCGAAGAGAGAUUUAGGAUAUGCUCCGUUGGUUUCUAUGGAAGAGGGUAUCAAAAUUACUGUAGCUUAUUAUGAACAUCUUAGAAAUAAGAAAAGAUGACAAUUGUAACACAAAUAAAGCCCUGUUCAGACUAUCAAAUUUUAUUUGACAAAAACAUUUGACAUGCCUAAAUAUGGUCACGAUGACAUCACAUCAUGACUAUAUAUGGGCAUACAUAUAAAACUUGAUAGUGUCAACAGAGCUUCAUGUGUAUUUUUUAAAGACAUUAUAAACUUGAACAUUAAUUUAAUCGAAUUUUAUUAAAUUCCAAUUACAAAUAACUUUAUAGAUCCUCUAAUAGAUAUUUUAAUUAUUUUUUUAAUUGUUUUUUUUAAUAGUGAGAAAUUUCACUCUGUAUCACUGAUUCUGUUACAAUCUAUUGGAGUGAGCCCCGCAGUCACUCAACACCCCCGCCCCUCCCUGCCCCCUCCCCUCCUACUUCAGUGAGCAAAUAAAGCUGUAAGACAGGGAAUUAUCAUUGUAAAGGAUAAGACACUACUCAAUUCCUUAAAAAAAAACAUCCUUUAUAUUUAAUUAAAUAAACUACAAUAUAUUAGUAAAGUUCAAACUAAAUGAGUAUGAUUUCUAUAAGCAAAAAUAUUACAUCGAACAUGUGAUCUACUACUGAAUAAAAACGACUAGUAAAGUACAGUA